AUGGAUAGUCAAAGAAUUCGAGACAAAGCAUUAGGAUUCCUUGCUCUGACCAUUGAAAAGAGUAACAAUUUCGCCGAAGCACGUCCAGGUAGUAAACGAGCAAUAGCAGUAGGAACAGCUUCAACAUUAAUGGAAAUAGGCUUCGAACAAUUAAACAAAAAGGAGGACGGCGAAUUAACGGAUCUUACCGAACAAGAGAUAGCGCAAAUCGAAUCAAUGGAAUCAUCGGCAGAGGAUGUAAAACCGGCUCUGUCCAAACAUUUUACGGAUCGAUUGUUUGAUAAAUUAAUUCAAACGUCGCUUCCUCCGGAUAUUACUGAUACUAUGUUCGACGAGGAUGCUGCUAGUGAUGAUGACGAUGACGAUCGUUCAUCAAAACAAAGUUUGUCAUUUUCGUUAUUGGUGAAUAAUUUAACAAAAUUGACUGCUAAAUUGACAUUUUAUUUUGUCUUGCAAUAUGGAAUAUUACACAUUAUAACUUGGAAACAGCCAACCAAAACAUUGACUGCACUUGUCUUAUAUCAUGGGGUAUGUUUAUGGCCACACCUUGUGUUGGUAUAUCCGUUGAUGUAUAUAUUAUUUGGAGUGCUUGUUCCGGGAUAUGUUCAUAAACAUCCUAUGAAGAGAUCAGAUCUUAUCAGGGUGCUGGCAAGGGGUCAAAAGAUAUGGGAGUUUUUCAGUAGUGAGGAAACAAGUAUUGUGAAUGAAUACAUAGAAGAUGACUAUACGAUGGAUGACACGUUAUCAGUAUCAUCGGAUAAUGUUUCCGUGUUAUCACAAGCUCCAAGUGAGUUUGCUUCCUCUACUGAGGAGUUCAAAGAGUCAGCUAAGAAGAAGAAGAAUUCACAAGUUACUUUGGUUAGAAAUAUGAAACAAAUCCAAAAAUUGACAACUGAUUUAUUGAAAGGGAUCGAAAAGGCUGAAACAUUUUAUUAUGAAACUGGUGGGUUUAAAGAUGAGAGAUUGUCCACGUUUAUCUUCUACGGGAUAUUAAUUGCGUCAUUUGUAGUUGUUUUUCUUGGGCAAUUCAUACCGUGGAGAUUUGUAUUUAUCUCAGCGGGAUGGGUAGGUUUAACAUUAUGUCACCCAAAUGCCAAAAAGUACUUAUUGGAAUUACAAAAUGCAAAAAAGACCGUGGCACCCAGAUAUCCCCAUGCGCCACCAGAGAGCCACCUGGCUGAAAAGCAACAAUUUGAUAGAGAUGAUAUAAUCGUGGAUGACGCACCUGAUAUUCGGACUGUAGAAGUAUUUGAAUUACAAACUCGAAGUUCAUUUAGUGGUAGUUGGUCAUUCUAUAGAUUUGCCUCGACAAUGUAUGGGAGGAAUGACAAGUUGAGAGUUAGCAAGAAGAGACCACUGGGAGUUGAAGAUUUAGCUCGUGUUUUGCCUCCGAAAGAUUGGAUGUUUGAUUUUGGAUUGGUUAAUAAAUGGAAGGUCGAUUUGGAUCCAAUUAAGUUCGUACAGGAAAGAGAAUUUGAUCCAGAAUUAUUUAAGAUUGAUAUACAUGAAAAGGAAGGUUGGAUAUAUGAUAAUUUGAAUAAUGUUGAAAUGAUGGAUUUUGAUUUUCAAGUCAGAAGGAGAAGAUUGUUCAGAGACUGUUUUAGAUAUGGACGUCCCCAUAAAACAUCUACUAGUAGUAGUUAA